GAAUCGAUCGCCAUAGAAUCGAGGAGUCGCGUACUGCGCCGUUCACCGCGCACCGCUGUGGCCUAGCCCACUGAAAGCUGCCGCCUCGACAACCUCCCCCCCCACGGCGCGUCGCACGAGCACGGCUCGCCAUGGCGGACAUGCACGGCCUCUUCGGCAGCGACGACGACAGCGAGGCGGAGCGCGCGUCCCAUGUAUUUGGCUCCGAUUCGGAGUCUGAGCAUGAGCAGCAUCAGCAACAGCAACAGCAUGAACGGGCGGAGUCUCUGAGCGGGAGAUCAGCGAGCGGGAGUGAGCGGGAGGGUGCUGGUGAGGAGGAGGAAGACGACGAGGAUGAUGAGAGGCAAGUAGCCCAACCCAGCAACAAGGAGCUGUUUGGUGAUGACAGUGACGAAGACGCUGCCUCCCGGCACAGUGACAACCACUCCGAGCACUCUGCCGUGUCAGCCGCGUCAGUCGCGUCUGCACACAAUGAUGACAAUUACCACUCUGAUGCAGAGGACCACCACAGUGGCUCAGAGGCCCACCACUCGGACGUGGAGGAACACCGCAGUGGAUCGGAGGGCCACCACUCAGACGUAGAGGAGCACCACAGCGGCUCCGAGGCCCAUCAAUCUGAUGCGGAGGAGCAUCACAGCGGCUCGGAAACCCACCACUCGGACGCAGAGGAGCAGCACAGCGUGUCCGAGGGCCACCAUUCUGAUGCAGAAGAACCACAGAGCGGCCGCUCUGAGGACGGCCGUCCCUCGGAUGUGGAGGACAGGCACAGUGAGGGGGGCCUGAAUACAGAUGUGGACGAGGGCGACCUGUGGGGUCCCUCAAGCCCCAGAUCAGCAGCCGAGGGCUCGGACAGGGAGCACGCGAGCCCCCGCUCUGCAGGGGAGGAUGAGAAAGCCCAGGAGUCUGACGAGGAGAGGGCUCAUUCUGACAAUGAACAUGAAGACAGUCGGCGUGUAUCUGAUACAGAGCAACACUCGGCGCGUGGUAGCGACAGUGAAGAUGAAAUUGGACGGAAGCCCAGGAGGACUGUGGCCACGCACUCCGGCUCUGACAGCGACUCUGACACUGCAGCAGAUAAGAAAGCCACAGUGGACACCCUGUUUGGUGAUGCGGAUGACAUCUCGUCAGACAGCGAUGAGGAAAGAAAGCCUGCUACACCUGGUCGGCCACUGGACGGAGAAGAUGGUGAACAAGAGCCAACUGAGGCACCUCCUCCAGAGACUCGCAUCGAGGUAGAGAUCCCCAAAGUGAACACAGACCUUGGCAACGAGCUGUACUUUGUCAAGCUUCCCAACUUCCUCAGCGUGGAAACAAGGCCAUUUGAUCCCCAAUAUUAUGAAGAUGAGUUCGAAGAUGAUGAGACAAUGGACGAAGAGGGACGCACGAGAUUGAAAUUGAAGGUUGAAAACACAAUAAGGUGGCGUACGAUACGGGAUGAUGAUGGAAACGAGGUGAAGGAAAGUAAUGCACGCUUCAUCCGCUGGUCCGAUGGCAGCAUGUCACUGCAUCUGGGAAAUGAGGUGUUUGAUGUCCACAAGGCCCCAUUGCAAGGCGACCACAACCAUCUCUUCAUUCGCCAGGGCACUGGGCUGCAGGGGCAGGCAGUCUUCCGCACCAAACUCACCUUCCGACCUCAUUCAACAGACAGCGCCACGCACAGAAAGAUGACGCUGUCCCUGGCAGACCGCUGCUCUAAAACACAGAAGAUCAGAAUUCUGCCCAUCGCUGGGAAGGACCCCGAGUCCCAACGGACUGAGAUGAUUAAGAAAGAAGAAGAGCGUCUACGGGCAUCGAUCCGACGUGAAUCUCAGCAGCGGCGGCAGCGCGAAAAGCAACACAUGCGGGGUCUGAGCUCCAACUACCUGGAGUCGGACCGCUUCGAAGAGGAGGAGGAGGAAGGGGAGGAGGCCAUAAGCCUCGCGGCUAUCAAGAACCGUUUCAAGGGCAACAUGCGUGAGGAGCGAGCAAGGAUUUACUCAUCCGACAGUGAUGAGGGCUCUGAAGAUGAUAAGAAUGCUCGUGCAGCCAAGGCCAAGAAAAUUGAAAGUGAUGAGGAGGGUACGGAAGAGGGAACAUCGGGAAAGCGUAAAGCAGAGGAAGAGGAAAAGGCCAACAAAAAGCAGAAGAGAUAUAUUAUCAGCGACGAGGAGGAGGAGGAGGAUGAAGAGGACUAGCAAGCUACUCCUUGUUUUUUUUCGGUAAAGUCACGUAGGUAAAAAAUGUAAGUAAAUUAAAUCACGACAUUUCGGAGGCAACACAAAGCUUCCGUCCACCUGAAGACGGAAGCUUGUGGUUGCCUCCGAAACGUCGUGAUUUAAUUUAUUUUAAUUUUUGUGCCUACGUGACUUUACUGAAAAAAAACAGUAUGAAUCCUUGCAGUCACGAAAACUUCAAAUCUAGAAUUAAAGACUAGCGAGCUGGCAAUAUUAUGUGCAACCCGUGUAAUUGGUGGCCAGGUGAUGUUGAAGACGCUUUCUGUGUGUGUUCUCUAGCAUAUUUCUUCUUUCUCAGGGUAGUUGAACAGCUUUGUAUUUAUCUUGCUGACCAGGUCGAUUUCCAGAACUCAGUAAUUUCUCCAUAGAAUAAAAAACAGUUAUAAAUUAGACAAUUUCCAAGAGAACAGCACAUUAAAGCAUUCACAGUUCAAAUAAAACAUUUCUAAAAUGAUCCACAAUGUAAAAAUGUUUUUUCUUUUAUAACUAUGGUGUACCAUGCAAACGUGAAUCUUAAUAAAUAUUCACCUUGGUAUAAAUUA